AUUAUAAAUCCCAAAAACAAUGAAAAGCAAGAGAACUGUCAACAAUUAUUUCAGGAACAGAGGUAAAAGUAUAACUGAUCCUUCCUUCUCUUCCCACAAAAAGGACCUAAAAGGGAGGGAUCCAAGCCCUUUUGCUGCAAAGAAUGACCUAAAGGAGGCAAAGGUCAUAUCCUGAGAUGAUAUUAGCACUAUAAGUAUUGAAUGAGAGAACCAAUACAAAAUUCCUGAUGAAGACCAAGAGACUAAUUCUUCAAAAGAGUUUCAAAGGACAGACACUAAAUUCAAAUUUAAAAGAGCCUCCAAACCUUCUAAAAAUCCAAAUUCAAAAGUUCGUGAGAGUAUUCCGACUCGGUAUGAGAAGAACUUGAAGAGGAGGAAGACUGAUAGCGGUGUAGACGAGUCUGGGGACCAUGAGGUUGUCAUUCCCAGUACAUCCCUACUUGAAGGCUCCAAACACAACAAGAAUGCCGCCAUUUUUGGGACUCAAAAAGAAGCUGAUAAUACAGUACCACAAAAUGCUGGAAAACAAGUAACUUUCAGUGACGAUGUCGGCAUUAUUUCAAGCAAAAGAGAGCAGAAGAGGAAUUCUAAAGUUGGCACUGCUCAGGUUCUCGACUUGUUGUCCUACACAACACUGGGCAUCAUCAAGGAAACUCUUGAUGAAAGACAAGGUGGGUCUAAUGACACAACUAGUCUGGAGAAAAAUGCAGAAAUUAGUUCGGAAUCCAAUCAAAAUCGCGAAAAAGGAUCUAAAAGAUUUGAUCCAGUUGAUUCAAAUAAUGGCAAUCAGCUACCAAGAAAAUCUCAAGAAGGAAAUUCCAAAUCCAGUGUUCUUGGAAAACUGAGCAAUAAAACACUUGAGAUCCUCAGGAAGGUCCAGAAGGAAAAGAAGAGAGAGGACAAAGACCAAUGGAUCUGAGAAAGGACCAAAACAAGUGGGGAAGUUCAAGCUGAUAAGAUUCUCAAGGGUUUUAGCAUCAGUGAAAAAUACGAUGAUCUUCUAUCAGAAGCACCUCAAAUUGUGAUGCCUGUCCAUUACAAGCUACUGAUCAAGUUCUUUGCUGCACUCGAUGAUGCAGUCUUCUUCUUGAAGAAGAGAGGCAAAGUAUGCGCAUUUGAGGAAAUAGCAGUAUCAGUUGAAAGUAGCACCAAAAGAAGCUUCAACAUGGCUAAUUUCUGACAGAUUUUAACAGUUUCCCCAGACUCGUUCAUCUACGAAUGGAAGGACCUGAAAGGAUACAGAGGAUACAGCUUGAUCCUUGAUGUUCCAGGAAGAAAUCAUGAAGUCCAGUCAGUGAGUCAAAAGCGGAAAGAUGACUUCAGGAACAAACUUUUAGAAAAAGCCCUAGAAUGACAUCAAAAAUUCCUCAAUCAGAUCAUGAUAAAAAGACCAGCAUUGAAAGAGAUACUCGAAGAUUUUGAUCCAAUAAAGAUGCGCGGGUGGUAUCAUGAGUUUGACCCUCACACCAGAGUUCCUCCAAUAGAACCUAAGCAAAUUGCCUCAAAGCCAAAAUCUACAAAGCGGGGUGAGAGUGUUUCGGAGUUCAUGAAGAGAAACAGGAGCAUACAGAAGAAGUUUUCCCUUUCACAUCUCUCAGGGAGCAGAGAGAGCUCUGUUGAAGCGAAAGAGGAAGUAUUCCCCAAUACUCUUUCCUCAGGUAAGAAAAAGUUCGAAUUAAGUUUGGAGUCCAAAUCAAGUACAAAAAUUACUACGAUCAAAGGAAUCCCAAUGGAUCUAUUCUCAAGAAUUCAGUUGAAGGAGAAAGCCUCACAGGAUGAGAUACAAGAGAAGAAUAAUGAGUACAAACUGGAUAAGCCAAAAAUUGAGAGGGAAAGUCUAAUGAGACUCAUCGAAUCCUUAAAAUCAAUUUAUUCAGUCAGGAACUUGAACACCCUAGCUCUAAAGAAGGUACUUUCUGUUCUAGCAGACACCACAAGAGGUAAAUUUGAGUCAACAGUGACCAUAAAUCAAAAGCUACAAGACUUAUGCAUGGCAUCUCCUGAUUGGCUAAAGAUAGUCUCUACUCCAAGAGGAGAAUUCAUCAAAAUGAAGCUAAAUUACCCCAAGAAGAAUGUCAAAGUUGACAUUGAGAGGUACAUCAAGCAGAAAUACUCAGGACAAGAAUAGAUCAGGCUAUUCUUCGACAUUGGCAUAUCAGAAAUAUACAAGUUUUAAAAUAGUCUAAGACAUACUUCCA